AUGAUCUCCCACACCCACCACCACCACCACCUCGACCCUACUAUGAGGACUAUCGACCCCAUGGACGUGACUAGGGACACGAUAGGAGAGACCUUUCGAGUUAUAGAGCUGACCCUUCCUGAUGAGAGGAGCUCAAUCGGCGAGUAG